GUCUUGACAAAUCAGAGGCGUUCAAAACGUGCACGAGUUGAGUUGUCAUUCUUGCAACCGUUGGCGUUUUUGGAAAGGAAAAGAGUUAUAAAUGUAUGUAAUGUAACUAUGGAUGAUUGUGCCGUUUUCACCUACACUACCAAGGACUUUAUAAAUGAUGUUUGUUCCGGAAAUCAGAACCGGUCCAGAUUUGACAUCGCGCUGCGGUCCGGUUGGACUGAGAGGAAGAACGCCGGGCUGUUCAGGUACCAGCUGGACGAUCUGGAGACGCGGAUCCUCCCCGGUCCCUGUGGAUACAUCGCUCAGCUGAACAUCAUGAGAGGCAUCGAGAGGCGAAAACCUCAGGAGAUCCUGAGCGUCCGGCAGAACUUUGACCCAAAGCAGUUCAAUUUCAACAAAAUCAACCCAAAAGAGCUGCUCUUUGAAUUACAGUGUGAAGGGGGGUGCCAUCAGAAUGGUUCAAAACGAAGGUGCAAAGUGAUAAUAAACGUGAGUCCGCUGGAAUUCGGUCACUGUCUGCUCGUACCUGAACCGGACCGGUGUCACCCACAGAUACUGACCCCUUUGGCCGUCCAAAUGGGGAUAGAAACGGUCCUGCUGAGCGCUGAUCCAGGAUUCAGGGUUGGCUUCAACAGCCUGGGUGGGUUUGCCUCAGUUAACCAUCUCCAUCUUCAUGGCUACUACCUAAACCACCAAAUGAGGAUUGAGACCUCCCCAGCAGAGCUCAUCCUGCCUAAAAAACACUUGUAUCUCCUCCUGGGCUUCCCAGCAGGCUUUCUUUUCUACACCCAGGGUCCAAACCUGGAUUCGACCGUCAAUGGGGUGUGCAGUCUCACUGAUAUUCUGGUUGACAGGAACAUCGCACACAACCUCUUCAUCACCCGAGGUUGUCCUCCGCAGAGGGAGCGUGACCCGUCUUCAUCCCGAAUCGGGGUGAGGGUUAUCGUAUGGCCCCGGUUGUCCUGUUUUGGGGCCAAAGAGGAGUCUGCCUUCAAUGUGGCCCUGUGUGAGCUCGCCGGUCACCUUCCCUUCAAAAACAGAGAAGACUAUGAGACAGCCAGUGAGGACGCAGUGCAGGACAUCGUUCGGAAAUAUUUGCUGCCCCAAGAAGAGUUCAGUGAACUGCAAAAGCAUGUCAUGAAAUGUUUAUUAUAGAUGGCACGUGUCAAAAUGUCCUGUAUUAAAAUUUCAGGGAAUAUAGAAUAAAUAUUUUCUGUAUUAAAUAUCAGAUUUUAUUAACACAUAUGUUUCAUUCUGUCACUUGAAGUUGCAUAUGAAGUGCUGCUAAGUUAUGUAGUGUUAUUAUGUGUCGUGGAAACAGUGAUGUUUGUGUAUGUAUAUAAUAAAAAUAUGUCUGUUUGAA